AAAUCAACAAAUCAUAGUUGGAACGCAACCGAACUACAAAUGGGACCCUCUGCAGGCCAGUGAAGCCGGUGCUCCUCUUCCGUUACGUGUAGUCCAUACUGUAAUCAAGAUUAGGGUUCAUAAUUGUGGACGAAAUUCAAUGUCUGGCUCUUUCUCCACCAAUCAACGCACUUCAUUGAUUUCUCCAUUCCCUCCCUCGCCUGCAAAUCAACUUUUCGCAGGAUUUUAUUAAUGGGUUCUAUAAAACCCUUCUCGCAAUGGUUCAGUGUCACCCUUCCUUAUUUCCUAUGCCAGUGCCAGAACUCGCCUUCUCUUCAGCUGAGCAAAAAUGUUAGCUUCGUCCGCCAUUUCUCAUCUAACCUUCACAUUUCGACCCGAAAUUACUCUUUAUAGGCGGCUUAAGUCUCUGAAAUCGAUAGCUUUCCCCCAUUUUCAAGCCUCAAGUUCAGUUUUCUCUGCUUCCAAACGGCACGGGAUAUUGAUAGGCCCAAGCAUCAUGACUGAGGUGAUCAGCCCUUCCUUUUCCGGGAGCAGUCGUGGCCACGAGGGCAUUUCUGCGUUUGAGCAGGAACAUUUGAUUGAUGAGUCUUCGGAGCUCCGCUCCGCUUUUACAUGUGAUCAACUCGAAUCAACUCUCAAUCGUCUGAGCAAGUGGCUUGUUACUGGACUUCUUGGUGUUGUCAUCCUUUGGAGGCAUGAUGCUGAAGCCUUGUGGGCUGCUAUGGGUUCUGUCAUAAAUUCGGGUCUCUCAGUUAUACUUAAACGGAUACUAAACCAAGAGCGACCUGUUUCCACUCUGAGGUCUGACCCUGGGAUGCCAUCUUCACAUGCACAAUCCAUCUUUUUCAGUGCGUUGUUUGCUAGUAUGUCUGUGGUGGAAUGGCUAGGGAUGAAUGCACUCUCGUUGACUCUCAGUGCACUUGUUCUCAUAUUUGGGUCAUAUCUUCUGAAGCUUCUUCUUGUGGAGCAUCAAAGAUGGAUAAUUGGGUGGGCUGAAAUUAGUAGAGAGCUUGGGCAUGCACAUGAUUAGAAAAUAGCAACAAAACUAUAUUUCCAACUCACAAGUAUAUCUUUGCUCUAAUUCUCUACGUGGCAAUGGUGGUUUAUUGAGAACAUUGGAGAGUGAAAAUAUGGGUUUUUUUUUUUUUUGGCUGCCAUACUAAUUUAUCUAUGUUGCAGUCAUGGCUACGAGUCUCGCAACAACUGCAUACAAUUAGUCAAGUGGUUGUGGGAGCUGUGGUUGGGUCCAUCUUCUGUGUCUUGUGGUUUUGGUCAUGGAGUGCAAUAGUGCUGGAAGCAUUUAUUUCCUCUUUGUGGGUUCGAACUUUCAUUGUGCUGACAGCUGCUGGAUCCUGUGUGGGUUUCCUUUUGUAUGUAAUUCGGUAUUGGCUUAAGGAUGACAGUUGAACGUUGUAAAUGUAUGGAUACAAUUGUAAGCAGAUACGCAAUUCUUUUGGUGAGGAAAAAAAAAAAAAGAAAAGAAAAGGAAAAUGAUCAGAAAAUUUGAUCCAACUGCAUCAACGUGAAAUAUCCUGACCAACUUUAGUGCGUUUGCAAGCCAUAUUAUUUCGUGAACCACAAGAAAUUGUCCGCAGGAUUCAAAAUUUGUAUUGUCAACGAAUAAUAAUAAAGGUGCCCUUUGUUGGUA